AUGAACCUUCUCCAAGGCAUGGCAGGGGGAAAUCAGUCCCUGGCAACGGAGUUCAUCCUCCUGGGGCUAACAGAUCAGCCAAAACUAAAGGUGGCCUUCUUCAUCUUGUUCCUGGUAAUUUAUGCUAUCAGCCUGCUGGGGAACCUGGGAAUGAUGGUGUUCAUUGGGAUUGACACCCGACUGCAUACCCCCAUGUACUUCUUCCUCAGGAACUUGUCCCUGGUAGAUCUCUGCUGCACCUCCACCAUCACUCCCACGUUGCUGGCGACUCUGUUAUUGGAUGAGAAGAGCAUUUCUUUCUCUGGGUGUGCAGCACAAAUGUUUCUCUAUGGAGGGUUUAUGACUGCGGAGGCCAUCAUUUUGGCAGUGAUGGCGUAUGACCGCUAUGUCGCCGUAUGUAACCCAUUGCUUUACAGCACAGUGAUGACCCAGGCAGUUUGCCUUCGGUUGGUCGGUGGUUCCUACGCAGCCGGUUUCAUGAGUGCCAUUGUGCAAGUCAGCUGCACCUUCAGUUUAUCGUUCUGCAACUCCCACAGGAUCCAGCAUUUCUUCUGUGACAUCCACCCGAUGCUGAAACUCUCCUGCGCUGACACCCGCAUCAAUGAGAUAGUGCUCUUCACGUUCAGCUUUGUCAUUGGCUUGCCCGCUUCCCUGCAAAUCCUCAUCUCCUACUCAUACAUCCUCACCACUGUUCUGCGGAUGCACUCCAUGGAGGGCAGGCACAAGGCCUUCUCCACCUGCACCUCCCACCUGACAGCCGUCACUGUGUUCUACGGAAGUGCUCUGUUUAUAUACUUACGCCCCUCAUCCAUUGACUCAUUGGACUACAACAGGGUGGCCUCUGUGUUUUACACAGUAGUCAUCCCCAUGCUGAACCCCCUAAUCUACAGCCUGAGGAACACAGAAGUGAAGGAAGCCAUCAAGAAAACCCUCAACUGGAAAGUUUGA